AUGAGCUCACAACUUCACGCGAGCCCAUCGCAGCGAAAUCGCAUCUCCCGCGAGGGCUACAACCACAUCCCGCACGAGCACCAAGACACCUCGUAUUACGGCGGCAACAUGGGCCAUUCUCAGAACAACGACGCGACCAUCGACAUACCGCUCGAGCCCGUGCCGACUAGCACCAGCAGCGGUGGAGGGCUGCGGAAUCCUCAUACUGGGGCUCUUGAUGCCAGCAUGACCAACGAGGAACAACCACCACUUGUUAACGAGAAGAAGGGCUUCUUUCGUGGUCGCAGAGCGAAGCCUGUUGAUGGCCAGCUGAACGGAACCGGCAAUAAGGGCUACGAUGGGGAGGAAGAUGUGUUGACGACGAUGGGCAAGAUUUACAACAAGAUUUACAGCUUCUCGAUCAUUACGAGGUAUAUGCUGUAUGUGGUGCCGGUGGGGUUGUUGAUUGCAAUUCCAAUCAUCGUGGGGGCGAUCAUUGGAGGUGGAAACAAUCCGCCGGCGAUUGGAGGUGUGCCCAUUGUGUGGUUCUUCUCGUGGAUCGAGAUCAUCUGGUGCAGUCUUUGGGCGAGCAAGAUUGUGGCGCAUUUCUUGCCGUACGUCUUUCAGCUCUUUGUGGGAGUGGUGAGCUCGGGUGUGAGGAAGUAUGCCACCGUCAUUCGAGCACUUGAGAUUCAGCUCUCGCUGGUUGGAUGGGCGGUCACUUCUCUGGCGACGUUCAAGCCGGUUAUGGAGAGAAACCCAUACAACAGAACACAUGCUGGGAAGAUCAGUGGGAAUGGCAAGUGGGUGGAUAUCGUGCAGAAGAUUCUGGCUGCAGCGCUCGUCUCGACACUGGUGUUCCUGGCAGAGCGGUUUUUCAUCCAGCUCAUCUCGAUCAACUACCAUCGAAAGCAGUUCAACUCCAGGAUUAAGGAUUCUAAGCGACAAAUCUACAUUCUCGGUCUGCUGUACGAUGCGUCUCGAAUGAUGUUCCCAGCUUUCGGCAACGAGUUCUACGAGGAGGACAUCAUCAUAUCCGAUCAGCUGCAGCUAUCGAAGCUGGGCGGUAAGAAGAAGGGCCAUAAGCGGAAUGGUAGUGCCACACCAAUGAGGCUAUUUCACAACAUCGGACGAUUUGGUGACCAGGUCACUUCAGCCUUUGGCAACGUGGCAUCGGAGAUUACGGGCAAAGAAAUGUUCAACGCCAACAGUGCCCACUCGAUCGUUAUCACAGCUCUGGAGAGGAAGCGGACAUCCGAGGCGCUGGCUCGCCGUAUCUGGAUGUCUUUCGUGGUCGAAGGCCGCGAAGCUCUCUUGGAGGAGGAUAUCGUGGACGUGCUGGGUUCUGAACGCAAGGCUGAGGCAGAGGAGGCAUACGAGAACUUGGACCGCGACGCUAACGGCGACAUCUCGCUCGAUGAGAUGAUCAUCACAGUCGUCGAGUGGGGACGUGAGCGCAAGGCCAUCGCCAACAGCAUGGUGGAUGUGGCGCAGGCUAUCAACGUGCUUGAUCGCAUGCUCUGCACUGUCGUCAUGGUGGCCGUCAUCUUCAUCUUCAUUGCCUUCCUGAACACAAACUUCGUCACUACCUUGGCCACCACCGGAACAGCACUUCUCUCGCUGUCUUUCGUCUUCUCGGUCACUGCGCAGGAGAUCCUGGGUUCUUGCAUCUUCCUCUUCGUCAAGCAUCCCUUCGACAUUGGUGACAGAGUCGACAUUGCAGCCGAUCGUUUUACCGUUGAGCAUAUCAGCUUGCUGUUCACUGUCUUCCGCAGAGCUACCGGACCAAAGACUGGUCAGCUCUGCCAGUAUCCGAACAUUGUCCUCAACUCGCUGUCGCUUGACAAUGUCAGCCGCAGCAAAGCCCAGACCGAACAGGUCAUCCUUGAUGUCUCCUUCGACACUUCUUUCGAUGAUAUUCAGAUUCUGAAGAAUGAGCUCAACAAGUUUGUCGCGGCACCUGAGAACAACCGCGACUUCCAGGCGGAGUUUGAGGUCGAGAUCUUGGGAACCACAGAUAUGUCGAAGCUCCAGCUUCAGGUCGACAUCAUGCAUAAGAGUAACUGGGGCAACGAGACUCUUCGCGCAUCCAGACGCAGCAAAUUCAUGUGUGCUCUGGUCGCUGCUCUGCGUGCUGUGCCAAUCUAUCCUCCUGGUGGUGGCAUCGAUGCGCAGGGAAGCGCAGCAGCGCCGAACUACUCUGUGACUAUUUCCGACUCGGAAGCGAAGGAGAAUGCACAGCAUACUGCCCAAGAGCGUGAAGAGGCUCGUUUGAUCCCAAUCAAGAAGAUCCAGGAGGCAAAGGAUGCAGAUCCUCUCAGUCCCGGCGCCUCCUCCGGUCGGCCAGGCAUGGCUGGCAUGACCACCCACGACCGGAAGAUCAUCACCGACCUGACCUCUCGUGACCCAGCCUCGGACCCAGCUAGGGACCAGGCAUGGACCUCGACCCGCAACGACGACGACAGCAGUACUUUAGGAGGGCGACCCAGCGUCGACCAACAAGAUCUCAACGAAGUCCGCGGCCUUCUCCAUCGUCAGAGCACACGUGGGAAGAGGAAGCCAAGCACCGAGCAGUCACGCACAGCAUUCUUACAACCUGGCGUGCCCACUAUUCACGAGCCCUCAGCGUCAGGCGCACACCCUUCAGUAAUACAGCAACAACCCAGCUUUGGCAGCUACGCACCAGCACAAAGCUACCACCAGCAAACAGCGUACCGACCCACGCUGAGCACCCAGCCGACUCAGUAUCAGUCUGCUCAAACCCAGCUCCCAACAGUUGCACCGACCUCUCCCAUCGAAAUGAGCCAGGUCAACCGCAGCGCCAGCAACCCAUACAGAAACCGUUCCAACCUUGGCCCAACAACUGGCGGUAGGAACAAUAAUGAUGACGAUGAUGAAUUUGGUGAUAUGCGACCAUACUCCGGCGUUUGA